AUUACUACGCAUAUACACCCGUUAAUUUAGCAGUCAUGCGGUUCAAUACACAAUAAAUACAUUACAGCUGUCAAGUGAACGACGAAACAAAUAGUCAUUUUAUAAUUCUAAAUAGUUAAAAGACUGAGAGGAAAAUGGCACAGAAAAGACUUCUUAAGGAAAGUAGAGACAUAUGUGAUGACCCUCCACCAGGCUGCUCUGCAGGUCCUGAAAAUGAAGACUUAUUCAGAUGGUCAGCUUCUCUCACAGGUCCAGAAGGCAGCCCAUAUCACGGUGGUGUUUUCUUUUUGUCAAUGAUCUUUCCUACAGACUAUCCAUUUAAACCUCCAAAGGUGCAAUUUAUAACAAGGAUAUAUCACCCUAAUAUCAACAGCCAUGGCAGUAUAUGUCUAGAUAUACUCCGUUCACAGUGGUCACCAGCCCUCACUGUAGGAAAAGUACUUUUGUCAAUACUUGCAUUAUUGUCAGAGCCAAAUCCAGAUGACCCUCUGAUGCCAGACAUUGCCAAAAUAUUUAAGCAAGAUAAAAAGAAAUAUGAUCACAACGCACGUGAAUAUACCAAAAAACAUGCAACUUGAUGAAGCUACAACUUAAACUGUGAUCUAAUAAUACAACAUAUUUAUAUACAACAUGAAAAGAAAACAGAUGUGAUUGGUCUUUAUCCACAGUUUUUGAAUCUCCUUUUUUCCAAACCUGAAAUAAAAGAAGUAAGUUUUAAGUACAUUGCAUCAUAAAGGAUACCAGGCCUUUCUUUUUGAGAAUGAAUUUGUAUGUUAAAUUAUUUUUUAUGGUUGUUGAUUUCAUUCUAAAUGAUGGUUAUGUUAUGUAACGUAAGCCCAUCUUGAAAUCCAGAUUCUUAGAAUGAACAAAAUGUAAGAAGAACAGGUUAUUUCGAUAUCACUUUACAUGAUACUGUUUGUUAUAAACUGAAGAAACACCACUGGUAUUGACAAUGUAACAAGACUAGAUGUGAGUAAAUUCAAAUCUGUUUGAUUUUUAAACGUUUUAUUUUGUGACCUUUUUUCAAAUGAAGAAUUAGUAUUAGUAGAUCUGUUAGAAAAUAUGUGGAUUUAACAUUGUUAUAUUUUAAUGCUUAAGAUUUUGUUAGUGUUAAAAUAAAACUUGAAUUGUGUAUAAUCUUUUUUGUGACAUUUAUUUCCCAUUUGUACUUAACAGUUUGCAGGGUAAAUACUGUAAAUAUACUGUGUUUUCUAAAUAGUAGUUACCAUUGUGGAACAAAAUGUUAAAAACUUGACACAAAUUUUAUGAGAUGUAACAUUUUCAGGGUUUGAAAAUCUGAAAUUUACAAUGGAAAACAACAUUUUUUUUCAUUGAUUUUUUUUUCUAUUUACCUUGUAUAUCCUUAAAUGUGUGAAGUACCUUUAACCAUUUACCCUUUUAAAACAUCAUGUUGGUUUGUUAAUUUAAGCACACAUCAUUUUAUAAUUUCACUCUGGAAUGUGUUGAGUUGUGUGGGUGUUUUCUAGUUUAGAUGGUAAAUUUUCAGCAUAAUUAUGUUAAAUUACCUGUUUCAUUAUUUCAUAAUUUACAGAUAAUUAUGUAUGCAUUUCAUAUGAAUUUGCGAUAUUUUCCCCAUGUAUAUCCUACAUGAACAUGUAAUCUAUUUAUUUUCUUCAAUUGUAGAAAUAUGGAUCAUUGUUGGCUAUUUUUAUGUUGUUACAACUUCCUAAUGCUGAAAAAACAAGUGAUAAAUUGAUAUAUGGGAAUUACCAAGAACAUAUAAACAUUAAUAUUUUGGCUAUGAAAAUAUCAUCCUGGGCAGAGUAAAGUCAUUUUAGAAAUUAUUAUUUACAUAUUUUUAACACUUCACAUAUUUUUUAUAACAGGAAUGUUUCUAAUUGUAUGUUUGCAUUGAUUGUUUUUAAAGUGGGUGUACACUUGUUAUAAGGUAUUACCACUAUUAAAAGUGGGUGUACACUCGUUAUAAGGCAUUACCACUAUUAAAUUUAACUUUUCCUUUUUUUUUCAUUAUAAAAACAAAACUUUCAUUUAUGAGCAAUAAGUAUUUAAUUUUGUCAGAUUUUUAUUGAUCAUAUAGGAUAGUCAGAUUUUAUCAAUGUUUUGUCAGUUUAUAAAAUGAGUUUGAUUUAGUGGUAAUGAUUCCAAGUAUCAGAUUUUGUUUAACUUUAACUAUUUUUGAUCUCUUUUUCACCACUUUUUUGUUUUAAACAUUUAGAUCAAAAUUUUAUUAUGAUACUAACUUUCAGUCUACUACAAAGUUAAAAAUUGUAGUAACUUUUAUAAUGGUAUUAUAUGCUUGCAACGAUAAAGAAAAAAACAGACCGGCACAAAACAAUUUAAGCUUGACUAUUGGAAGAAUAAGAAGAGCUACUGUACUCAUGCUGUCAUCUGCAUCACACUUUGGAUAAGUUUUUGCAUGCAUGUUAGUAUCUUCAGGCCUACAAACUUAUUUGAGGGCAUAAUAGGAGGUCACUGUCCAAGGCCUUUAACUUUAACAUGGAUUUUGAUAGAAUUAUGGCCUUGUUUGUACUAUAUUGUUUAAACUCUUGUUUUACUUGAAAAGUUGAGGAGGCUGUCCUAUUGACAGCUCUUGUUAAGUUGCAUGAUCACUUUAAUUAAGUGCUUAAAAAUGUGCUAAUAGAUUUUGGUAUAUGACAUAAAGUAACUGUAUCAUGUACACUUUUACAUUGAACAUUUUUAGGUAUACUUUUGUUAAAAGCUUAUAUUCUGAUACUUCAAUGAUAAAUCCAAAAUGCUGGUAAAACAAUUGGCGACUCAGGCUUACAUGCAUUUUUAGAUUUAUCCAAUCUUAUUUUCUGUGAACAAUUUUUGGGUCUAGAUAUUUUGAGUUUCCACUGAAUUUUGAAAUAGAUAUGUAAAUAUGAAAAUGAACAGGAAUUUUUAUAAAGAGUGAAACAUAACAAAAUGUUGUUUAAUUUCUUUAGUUAUUGUUUUGUUCUAGUUUUGCUAAAUGGACAGUUGUUAAAAUUUCAGUUUUGUUGGCUUAUUUGUUAGAUAUAAGAUGUUUUGUUUUUAUGAUUUAAAUCCAGAUGUUGUAAUUCCUGGUUUGUAUAGAUUUUAGUUAGAUUUUGUCACAUUGAUUAUUUAUUGUGCUUCAUUUGAAUUAUCAUAAUUUGUCUUUCAAAGGUCAUGUACUACAUUAAAAACUUACAAAAGGUA